AUGGGUCCCUCAUCGAAGCCUGCUGCAGCAGCAGCAACAACAGCAGCAGCAGCAGCAGCAUUGCAUGCAGCAGCUUCCCCCGAGGAAGCAGAGGGCCCCUUACAAACAGAUAAAACUCAGAGCCCCUCAGAAGGCCGAGCUGAUAGGAAGACAGAUACACCCCCCCCUAGCACGAGUAAUGUCUCUGUCUUCAGCGGAUUCUCUAACGCUGCUCAUGACAGUUUGUCUCCGUUGGGUAUCCCUAAUAAAGAAGCUCUGCUUCAGAUGGAGGCCCCUACAACUUCUCCUUCAGGAGGCGCCCCUAACCAGGCUCUAGGGACUGCUGCUGCUGCUGCUGCUGCAGCAGCAGCAGCAGCAGCUGCAGCAGAUGCUGCAGCAAAUGGAUCCCAGGGGCCCCAAGGAGACCUUAAAGAAGGAUCCCCUCAAGGGACCCCACAGGAGACAGGUGAUGAUGAGGGGGCCCCUGAGGGGGCCCCUGAUAAAGGCUUAUCAAUAGGAAAGAAGCAGACAAAGAAGAAGAGAUGGUUGUGCUGGCUACUACUUGCUUUGUGCUGCCUGCUAGCUGUAGGCCUCCCGCUAUUUAUAUAUGUUGUGUCUCCUUUGAUAGUUCGUGCUGCUGUUGCUGCUGCACAAUUUGAGGUAAAGGAGACAGUAGUUGUCGGGACAGAAGGAGACACUUUAGAAUCUGAGCUGCAGGUGCUGCUGCUGUCUCCUCCACCGCUUAAAGCUGUCUUCGGUGCUGCAGAAGCAGCAGCUACGUGGCGAGGAGACACCUUCGGUUCUGUUAGCUUUCCUGAGCUUACGAUGAAGAGAGGAGACAGAGAGCUUAUGUUUAAGACUAAAUUAACUGUUGAAGACAAAGACAAGUGGAGACAGCUGUCACAAGACCUCCUAGAGACAGGCAGCACCGCUUGGGUUAUUCAAGGAGAGACAGAUGUACAUACACUCGGAAUGCGAUUUAGAAACAUACCGUUUAGCUUCGCUGUUGAUGUACAGGGGCCUUCUCUGUUAGCUUCUCAGCGUGUGGGUGGGGUGUCUCCUUUUCGUGUACUGUCUCUAGAUUUAGGAGACAGCAACGAGGAGACAGUUAAAAUGAAAGCCCGUGUUGUGUUUAAUAAUGACAGCACUACUUCUAUUUCUUCUUUAGGUGUUGCUCUCUUCGAUUUAAGUUAUGAAGGCGUAUCCAUUGGGUAUAUGCAGUCAGAGUCUCCUCUUGAAGUUAAGAGAGGAGACAAUAUAUACACCUUCGUCGGAGAGCUGCGGCCACAGCAGCAGCAGCAGGAGCCUCAGCAGCAGCAGCAGCAGCAGCAGCCGCAGCAGCAGCAGCAGGAGCAGCAGCAGGAGGAGCGAGAGAAGCGGCACGAGCGUUCUUUAUCUGUUUCUUUAGGAGACAGUAAUAAUCAGGUGUCUCCUUUGCAAGAAGAGACAGAAGAAGGAGACAAACCAGACGGCUUCUUAGAUGCAGUCUCGUCGUUAUUGUCUCAGUCCCUCUCAGGUAUAGAUGUAUAUCUGCAUGCAAGAGGUGUCUCUUGUAGCGAGGGUAUCUUCGAGCCCGCUCUUACCUCAACUGUCUUCACAACCCCUGUCAAGGGCCUUGCUGUGGGGCCCCGAAGGGGCUGGGAGACUGCCACUGCUGCUGCUGCUGCUGCUGCUGCUGCAGACCCAGCAGCAGCAGCAGCAGCAGCAGCAGCAGCAGCACCGUUAGGGAGACGCAGGGGGGCCUCACAGUUCACCUCCUCAAGGGCCCCACGCCCUAAAGGAGACACUCCGAUUGCUUCAAUGGUUGAGGGUCUCCGAAUUGAAAAGAUGCAGCUCAAAGAACAUCCACAAGAAAGAGACAAAGCUCUGAUAGAAGCAGGCUUAACUGUACGCCUUGCUAAUCCUCUCGGCCCCAAUUCUUCUGUCUCUGUUGAGAAGCUGCUGCUUCAAGCAGAGAUGCAUACAGAUUCUCCUGAAGGCCCCUUCAUAGGGGUUUUAACUGUCUCCUUGUCUCCUGCGGGGCCCACCAGGCUGGUAGAUGAUGAUGCCCCUUGUUUAGCUGCAGAAGAAGGAGACAGCGGAGACAGUGUCUCCUCGACUUCAGGUGUAUCUGCAGCUCCUCCCCCUAUGAGGCUAGGAUACACCCCACAAGCUGCUGCAGGAGGAGCAGCAAUGAUAAAGAGACCUGAAUCUGCUGCUGCUGUUCCCUCUCUGCUGCCGCGACGCCUCUCAGCAGCAGCAGCAGCAUCAGGAGCAGCAGCAUCAGGAGCAGCAGCAGCAGCAAAAGGAGACACGGGACAGCUGCCUGCCUUUCAAACAGCAGCAUGGAUGGAUGCUGACUUUACAAUGGGGGGGGAACUAUCGUUAAAAGAUGACGGAGACAGUUUUAUAUCUUUAAUAAGAAGGCUUGCUGCUGAGGAUGAGGUGUCUCUUCACUUCCGCAACAGCAAUAUGCAGCUGCAGCUGCGGCUGCCCCUAGGGACAUUAACUCUUAAAGACAUGCAGCUAGAUGUUGAGGUGC